GUCGGUGAGCGACGGAGCCGAUGCAUCCCCGGCAGUCCAAGCAAACUUCUCUCCCCCGCCCGAUUGAAAGCUCACGCUAAUUUGGAAAGGAGGGGGGGGGGGCGAAAUGAAAGCCCUUUUUGCAACCUGACCUCCUUUUGGAUUACAGCCAGAGCUUCCAAAGCCUGCCAUGGUUUUGCCUAGCUAAGGAAGGAGGGGCCCCUUGCGUGCAUUUGGGGUUGUUUUGCUAGGCUGCUCCUUAUCUACUUAUUUUGACGGCAUUUGGGGUGGGGGUUCUUUUUUUUUUUUUGGGAAGACGACUUGGGUGCAGGUGACACACCCUCCUCGCCCCCCCUCCCGCUCACCCUUUUUUCACCCGGCUUCCCUGCACAACGGCAGGGGGGAGAAAUCCUAUAUCCAUAGCUGCAUCUGGUCCGGUUCUUUUCGGUGGCUGCAAACUGGUCGGGCAGAGGCAAAUGCGGGGGCAUCUUCUCGUCGAGCCGGAGCAAAGAGAAACGGCUUUUCCUCGGCGGUGAAGUGAAACCGACAAGCUGCAAAACUGCCUCCCUGCGAAGCAACUAGAGCCGACCAAGCCGGUGGGGAGGGGGGAAGGGAGGGGAAGACUUUCCUCUUCUUUUCCCUUUCUGCAAGGGGAAAUAAACAUAACGCCAAUAAAAGCUCGCUGGGGCAUCUUGGUCGAUCUUUGCAAAGAUGUCAUCUCAAGCUAAGUUCAAGAAAGACAAAGAAAUAAUAGCCGAAUAUGAAACUCAAGUAAAAGAAAUUCGUAUCCAGUUGGUGGAGCAGUUCAAAUGCCUGGAGCAGCAGUCUGAGUCCCGGUUGCAGCUCCUACAAGACCUCCAGGAGUUCUUCCGCAGAAAGGCCGAGAUUGAAUUGGAGUACUCUAGGAACCUGGAAAAACUGGCCGAAAGGUUUUCUUCCAAGAUUCGCAGCUCCAGGGAACACCACCAAUUCAAGAAGGAUCAGCACCUUCUUUCUCCUGUAAAUUGCUGGUAUCUGGUAUUGACUCAGACUCGGAGAGAGAGCAGAGACCAUGCUACCCUGAACGACAUUUUCAUGAACAACGUCAUUGUCCGACUUACUCAAAUCAGCGAGGAUGUCAUCAGACUAUUUAAAAAGAGUAAGGAGAUUGGUCUGCAAAUGCAUGAAGAACUCCUGAAGGUCACUAAUGAGCUUUACACUGUGAUGAAAACGUACCACAUGUACCAUGCAGAGAGCAUCAGUGCUGAGAGCAAGCUGAAGGAAGCCGAAAAGCAAGAGGAGAAGCAGUUCAACAAAGCAGGGGACAUUAGUGUGAAUUUGUUGCGGCACGAAGAUAGGCCUCAGCGCCGCAGCUCUGUCAAGAAGAUUGAAAAGAUGAAGGAAAAGAGGCAAGCCAAAUACUCCGAAAACAAACUGAAGUGCACUAAAGCCAGAAACGACUAUCUGCUGAACCUGGCAGCCACAAAUGCGGCAGUUAAUAAAUAUUACAUCCAUGAUGUCUCAGACCUGAUUGAUUGUUGUGACCUGGGAUUCCAUGCAAGCUUGGCACGGACAUUCAGGACAUACCUGUCCGCUGAAUAUAAUCUCGAGACCUCACGCCAUGAGGGCCUGGACAUAAUUGAGAAUGCUGUAGACAACCUGGAUGCCCGGAGUGACAAACAUACAGUCAUGGACAUGUGCAACCAAGUCUUCUGCCCUCCUCUGAAAUUUGAAUACCAGCCACACAUGGGGGAUGAGGUAUGUCAGGUGAGCGCUCAGCAGCCAGUUCAGACAGAGUUGCUCAUGCGAUAUCAUCAACUGCAGUCUAGACUUGCCACACUCAAAAUAGAGAACGAAGAGGUGCGCAAAACGCUGGAUGCCACUAUGCAGACAUUGCAAGACAUGCUGACUGUGGAAGAUUUUGACGUCUCGGAUGCCUUCCAGCAUAGUCGCUCCACAGAGUCGAUCAAAUCAGCGGCUUCAGAGACUUACAUGAGCAAAAUAAACAUUGCCAAGAGGAGAGCCAACCAACAGGAAACAGAAAUGUUCUAUUUUACUAAAUUCAAAGAGUAUUUGAAUGGCAGUAACCUUAUUACCAAGUUGCAGGCGAAACAUGACUUAUUGAAGCAGACUCUGGGAGAAGGUGAAAGAGCUGAAUGUGGGACGACCAGGCCCCCCUGUCUUCCCCCUAAACCACAGAAAAUGAGGAGACCUAGGCCUCUUUCAGUCUAUAAUCAUAAACUCUUUAACGGCAAUAUGGAAACAUUCAUUAAGGAUUCAGGACAGGCAAUCCCGCUAGUGGUUGAAAGUUGUAUUCGCUACAUCAAUUUAUACGGUCUACAACAACAGGGUAUUUUUAGAGUUCCCGGAUCUCAGGUUGAAGUCAAUGAUAUCAAAAACUCAUUUGAGAGAGGUGAGGACCCCCUUGCAGAUGAUCAAAAUGAACGUGACAUUAAUUCUGUUGCUGGGGUGUUAAAGCUAUAUUUCCGGGGUUUGGAAGAUCCACUCUUUCCUAAGGAAAGGUUUCAAGACUUGAUUUCUACUAUAAAAAUUGAAAAUCUUGCAGAAAGAGUGCAUCAGGUCCAGCAAAUCAUUAUUACCUUGCCACGAGCCGUCAUCAUUGUCAUGAGAUAUCUCUUUGCUUUCCUCAACCACUUGUCGCAAUACAGUGAUGAGAACAUGAUGGAUCCCUACAACCUGGCCAUCUGCUUUGGACCGACUUUAAUGCACAUUCCAGAUGGACAGGAUCCAGUGUCCUGCCAGGCUCACGUCAAUGAGGUCAUCAAAACCAUCAUAAUAAACCACGAGGCCAUUUUCCCCAACCUCAGGGAGCUAGAAGGACCUGUCUAUGAGAAAUGCAUGACUGGCGGGGAAGAAUACUGUGACAGCCCACACAGUGAGCCAGGCGCCAUUGAUGAAGCAGACCAUGACAACGGCACAGAGCCGCACACCAGCGAUGAUGAAGCUGAGCAGAUUGAAGCCAUUGCAAAGUUUGAUUACAUUGGGCGGUCCCCACGUGAGUUGUCCUUCAAGAAAGGAGCCUCGCUCCUUUUGUACCACCGGGCCUCCGAAGACUGGUGGGAAGGUCGUCAUAAUGGUGUGGAUGGUCUCAUACCCCAUCAGUACAUAGUGGUACAAGACAUGGACGAUGCAUUCUCUGACAGCCUGAGUCAGAAGGCAGACAGCGAGGCGAGCAGUGGACCUUUGUUGGAUGAUAAAGCCUCAUCCAAGAAUGACAUCCAGUCUCCAACGGAUCACAUUCCGGACUAUGGAUUUGGGGGAGUCAUGGGACGAGUGCGGCUGAGAUCGGAUGGAGCUGCAAUCCCUCGCCGUCGGAGCGGAGGUGACACACACAGCCCCCCACGAGGGAUUGGCCCUGGAAUAGACACCCCUCCUCGGGCAGCUGCUUGUCCCAGCAGCCCUCAUAUUUUACCACUGAACAGAGGCAGGAUUGAGAGCCCAGAGAAGCGCAGGAUGGCAACGUUUGGUAGUGCUGGCAGCAUCAAUUAUCCAGACAGGAAAGCUAUGACUGAUGGCCACCCACUGAGGCCUGGUUGCAGCUCAACUCGGCAUAGCAGUCUUGGGGAUCAGAAAUCACUAGAAGCAGAAGCACUGGCUGAGGACAUUGAGAAGACUAUGAGUACAGCGCUGAAUGAGCUACGUGAGCUUGAAAGGCAAAAUACUGUGAAGCAAGCCCCUGAUGUUGUCCUGGACACCCUUGAACCAAUGAAGAACCCACAGAUUGGUUCUGUCAACUCUGAACCUGCCAGUCCUCUUCAUACCAUCAUGAUCAGGGAUCCAGAUGCAGCUAUGAGGCGCAGCAGCAGCUCUACCACUGAAAUGAUGACUACUUUUAAGCCUGCCCUCUCUGCCCGGCUUGCUGGGGCUCAACUUAGACCACCACCCAUGAGACCCAUCAGGCCGGUCAUUCAACAUCGAUCAAGUAGCAGUAGCAGCUCAGGAAUGGGUAGUCCUGCAGUGACACCCACAGAGAAGAUCUUCCCUAACAGCUCCUCAGAUAAAUCUGGCACCAUGUAGCUACCAUCAUCCCAAGGGAAUCUUGGCUGGGGAAAUGGUUGACCCUCUCUGGCUUUCAUUAUUUGGGACAGAAGCUAAGAUUGUACAAAUAAUGUCAUUAAAGAAAAAGAGACUGUUUUUGUGGAAAGAACAGCACUGGGAACUGUCACUGGGGCCGAAAGAUAUCAUAAUAGUUACACAUUCAUCAUGUUUGCUGGAAAGCUGUACAGCCAAAUAAGAUGGCCAUUUUACGUAUUAUCACUGGAAACAUACAAGUCUGUGUAGAAGUAUAUAUGGAACUGUACAUAGCCCAGUAAUAUUUUAGUAGAUUUACCUCAGAAACUCACCCUUAGACUUCUGUUAGAGAAAGUGUGUGUGUAUGUGUGUGUGUGUGUGUGGGUUAUGCAGUAACUGUGCAUUAAGCAAUAGAAGAUUGGUCAGUCCUGGCUUUAGAAUCACUAACAAGAGAUAACAUGUGGAUUUGGUUCAACUGCUGCCCUACAAAUGCUGAGGUGCAUCUGGUAAUCAAGUCUGUCCUGAUGGAUGGAUGGAUUUAUAUCUUCAAAAUCAUCUCUGAAAGAGUGUUUCAUUGAAAUGUGGAAACUCAUGGUAAUUUCCUGGUUGGAAGAAUUAUACCACCUGUGGAUACACAGAAAUGAAAAGUAGCGCAUCUUCUCUUUUACGGAAGGGGGAACCUCAGAUUUUCCGUGCGUACUUCAUGUCGUAGCACAGUGUUAAGUGUGUACAAGAGAAACUCAAAGCUGUCUUGAAGACUUCAAAACAGAAGAAGACUCUGAAGUAACCUGUGGUUGAUAACAAUAAAUAAAUAGGCUAACUUAUACAGUGUUUGAAAUAUUUAUUCCCUCCUUUUUGCUAUUGAUUCCCUUUGGGGCGGGGGACUGGAUUAAAACAGGCAAGGAAGCUUUGGUAAAAUCACAUUCCCUUUCACUUUGCUCAGCAUCACAUCAGACUCUUGACUCAGACAACUGUGUCCCUUGCAUGAAUAGCAUGAGCCAUAUUUGACCAUGUCAGACACAUAACAGAUCUGAUGAGGUGAAAAUCUGCACUUUCUAUACUGUAUUAUAUAACGACGUGCAACAAUUUGGGCUUAUGAAAAAUGAACGUCUUCUUCCCCUCUCUAAACAUCUAAUGUUUAAAAUAUGCAGAGAGAACUACAGGAGUUGCAUGAUAGCCAGACCUUUUCUCAAUUCACUGAAUUCAGGACUCCGCUUGCUGCUAUUUUUAAUUUUUGUCCUCCUUUGUGGACAGAUUUUUGUAAUAGUCGCCCUUUGACUGGACUAUUGUUUUUAUUUUAAAUGCCACUGCAUAAUGUUUUGACAAUUUUUUUUAAACUGGGCACUUAAAUAGGUAGAACAUUUCUUUUUCCUGUUGGUACCUCGUGCUUAAUUUCGUAGUGGCCAUCAUUUUAAAAAGAAACCAUCCGUUUUUCUUCUUCUUCAGCAGGGAAUUGGUUUUAAUCAAAUUUAUUUUUUUGGUUUUUCCCAAACUUUAUGGUGCAUUCAACCUUGAAUUUUGUUUUUCGUUGCCUAACUUAUACCCUACCAUGAAGCAGAAACACUUUUUAAUACUUUAGUUGAAAACACAUAUAUGUAUAUAUCCAGAACCCCAUCUGUGUGCACAAAUCAUACCAGCCAUAUGGUGGUAUAAGAUAAUACAUUUCUUUAUAAAAUGAACAUGUGCAAUCGUGUUCUCCUUUUCUAUACCUAGUAUACAAGCAUGUUUCAUUCCAUGUACCCUAUUCUCUUAACUGCCCCUUGCCUGUUCUAGCCUGUUUAUAUAUUGCUGUACAUGCUUAAAUGCUGGAAAGUGAUUGCUAAAAAUAUAAUCUUUUUAAGGCUAAAUUUUAGUUGAGAUCCAACAACACUCACCAAAUUUUUGCACUCAGUAGUUUAUUCAAUGUAACAAGAAAAACAUGAAUACAAAUGAAAACACCCUUCUCCCCUCCUCUCCAAAUCCUGACUUUCCCAUCUACAGUGAGAAGGGAAAACACUGUAUGUUAGAUAUUCUGCUAUUGUUCCUUAAGGGGAAAUGGUAUUUACCUUUAUGUCCACUAAUGUUGUAGGCAUUUGUAAUUACCACAGGUAGUUAAUAGUGUAGUUGGGGUAUUUUUUUCCCUUUCAUUCAAGAAAUUCUUUUAACCUUCCCUUGCCCUGGUAUUCCACUCCUUCCCAUGCCUCUCCUAACAUUAGAAUAACUCUGGGGUCAUUAUGAAAACAGAUGUCCCGUUUGUUGUAGUAAUGAACCAGCAAAUGUGGUUUUAGGGGUGUGGAGAGGAAAAAAGAUAGUCACUUGGCAAAUUGUUGUCCCUUCAUUGCCAGUAAUUUUAUCCCUGCUUAGUUUACAGAAAACAGUUGAUUUAACAGUGUUUAAGUGCUUUUUAAAAUGCUUUGAGAGCAAACCUAUGAUGAUGUCAUUUGAGGGUUUAUUUUCUUCUUAAAGAUAGUCUACUGCGACAAGCCUUGUUUUUCCUUACUGAGAGAACACACACAGCCUUCUAAGACUUUUGGAAUCGGUGUUUGUUUUGAAUAGUGUAUAAACCUUCCCCUCUGUUUCCAGGUGUCCUAUAUCUGGCGAGCAUAUAGGCUUUGGGUUCUCUGCUGUGAGGUAAAUUUUAUGGUGCAUAAGGAGAUUAUUGAGAUCACUGAGGCUGGAUUAAUAUACAAACAAUUAAGAAGAUUUAUUUAUUUGCAGGUUGGUUUUAAAGGAACAAAACAAUAGCACAGAUCUCCAUGUAGACAAAGCAGAAACCUGGCUGAGGAACAAAAAUUUAAACUGAUUAUAAAUUCAGAGAAUAGUUGGACUUUUCUACAGUGCUUUCAGGCACCACAAGACUUUUAUUGACUAGCCACUAGGUUAGAUCCUCUCUCACACACAGAAUUCCACCCACACCAGCCUGUCCUUUUUCCAGAGUGAGACUAAAUUGUACAAGGUCUGCUCAUCACCAGAGACAAGCCUAACAACCAGGCUUUUCUUUCCCAGAAAGAGAGCAAAACCAUUCUGUCACACUACCAAGCAGAUCUACCCUUCACUCUUUUCCCUGAGCCAGGCCUGAGCUCCUCUGCUGUCUCCCUCAGGCAGAAUUUAGCUCUCCCUUCUCCUGUGAUCCCUCCAAUAUCUCAACCCCCUUCUUGAAGGUGACUGGGUGCUGGAAUAGCACUCCUAUAGGCUCAUCUGGGUGACUCAUUUUCCCUUCGGGGCAGGAGAGCCUCCUAUCCAUCGCAGUUAAACUUCCAAUGCCUUUUCUAUUAAAUUAUUUUUUCAUCUGUUUUUAGUGUUUUUUUUAAUGUUUAAGUGCCUUUUGAGCACCGGAACAAAUGGUUGGAUUAAAUGUGCUUGAGAGCUAUAUGCAUCAAGAAAUAUCUUGUACAGUUAAUGUUAUGCUUGUGGGUGUAUUGCUUUAAAAAAACUUCUUGCCCCCAUUUCUUGCCCCCAUAUGAGCAUAAAUUGUAUUUAAAUAUAAUAAACUACCCCUGCCAAGCAAGCCUGUUGAGUUACAGGCUUACUUAUCCUGUAUUUUGUUUCCAACAGAACAUGGAAAGGCAUGUGACAUAUGAAGUAGAAGCAUCAAAACUUUAGUUUGAGAAUUUUGUACAUCCCUAUAGACAUUAAAUCCAAUCCACUGUGCAACUUUU